AUGGGAACCGACGCGAUCGUGUCGCCACGUAAGCGUCUCCCGCGCCUGAACGUCGACCACGACGUAGCACAGAGCUGGAGUGCUGACGACGAAGGAGACGCGCAAGACGCAGCUCCGCUGUCAUCCAUCGCGCUGUCUUCGCCGUCCAUGGCGUCGCGCUCGAGUGGCGAAAAGACCAACAAGACAGGCCAGACGCAGUCGCCACUGUACGAUCAGAUCGACCUGCGGGACGAUGACGAUGCAACAAGUGCGAAUCUCGUUGGCAAAAGUGACGGGACGAAGCACGCGAGCGACGAGGACCGACGCUCGGCUGUCCAGCAGCUAUGCAACUGGCUGCAACGGCUGCGCCAGACGUUUGGCACGUCCUUCCUCUUACUCGUGAGCACAGUGUACGCUGUGCAGGGCUUCAUGAGCUUUAGUGCACUGGCAGUCAACUACUUUUUCAAGGACAACUUGCAGUUGCAGCCAGCCGAGUCGCAGUCGCUACUGACUGUCAUGAUGGUGCCAUGGGGGAUCAAGCCGCUGUAUGGCAUUAUUUCGGACAGUUUGCCGCUGUGUGGAUACCACCGCAAGUCGUACAUGAUCCUGUGCAGUGUACUUGGCACGAUUUCGACUCUCAUGUUGGCUGUGCCGGACCUGAUUACGACUCCACUAGGUGCCGUGCUGGUGCUCAUGCUGGGCAGUCUGUCGACGGCAGUGAUUGACGUGGUCAUCGAUGCAAGAGUUGUCGAGAUGUCAAGAUUGGACCCAAAGUAUGGAGCGAAUGAUUUGCAGUCAGUGUCUUGGGUGUCUGUGUCAGUGGGUGGCGUGCUUGGCUCCUUCCUCUCUGGUCCUGCAACGCACAAUUUGGGCGUCCGUGGCGUGUUCUUCUUUGCGGCUAUUGGGCCGCUUACGAUCUUGGUUCUCUCCACGUUUAUGCAUGAAACGAAAACAACGGUGAGCAAGCGUCACUGGAAGACCUCAGCCAAGAGGCAGUUGCAACAGCUACGAGGUGCAAUUUGCACGCCCGUCAUUUGGAAGUGCGCGCUUUGGGUAUUCCUGUCAGGUGCUAUCAGUCCAGGGUACUCGCAGGUGUUUUUCUACUUUUCGACCGAAGUGCUAAAGUUUACUCCCGAGUUUCUAGGAAUUGUCACCGCCUUUGGUUUUCUCUUCUUAGGCGUGGGCACUAUGCUGUACAACGCGUGCUUUAAAGACAUGUCGUUCCGUCGCAUCUUCUUGAUCGCGCAGAUCAGUCUGGCUGUUGUAUCACUGCUGGACGUUGUUCUGGUUACGCGCUACAACUUAGAGAUGGGCAUCCCCGACAAGGCGUUUGUGCUAGGUGACGCCGUUGUCGCAGACGUUAUUAGUCGCUUGAAAACCAUGCCUGUGAUGGUUCUAUCCGCCAAGCUCUGCCCCAAGGGCAUCGAAGGCACCCUGUUUGCGCUCUUGAUGUCGAUUGGUAACUUUUCUCGCUGUGUGAGCGAAUUUUUGGGCGCUCUAGUCUGCACAUGGAUGGGCAUUGCCAAGGACAAGUAUGACAAUCUAUGGCUUGCCAUUGUCUUGCGCAGCGUUCUGAAGGUCGUUCCCAUUUUCUUCCUUUUCCUGAUCCCGACGACAGAUCCCCAGGAAAUAGUCGAUAAGCUGGACUUCGACUCACCUGCCUUCCAUGCUUCUUCGAAGGACGAGGAGGAAGAAGAGGCCGACGACAAACACUCGGGCACGAUUCGUGAAAACCACGCGGUGAACGACUGUUCACCGACUGGAGAAGUGAUGCUUGAAAGUCCCGAUGGUGUUGUUGUUUGA